CAGCGCACACUGGGGUCCUGCCGCCGAGUUCUUUUCAGACGCGGCUCGCCUUCACUUUGAUUGCCCGGUGGUGUUUGACAUUCGUGAUUCUGUUUGAGUUCUCGUUAGUUGCGGACUGACUUUAAAGCGCCAACAUGUUUCGCACUAUGGUGGUUCAGGCGAGGAAGCACCCCAGUUUGAUCCCGCUGUUCCUCUUCAUUGGCGCUGGAUCUGCUGGUGCCACCCUCUACCUUGCCCGCCUGGCUAUGCGUAAUCCUGAUGUCUGCUGGGACCGCAAGAACAACCCGGAGCCCUGGAACAAGCUGGGCCCCACUGACCAGUACAAGUUCUACUCGGUCAAUGUGGACUACAGCAAGCUGAAGAAGAACGGACCCUCGUUCUAAAGUGGCGCCAUGCCGCAGGAGCAGGACCCGCACAACGCGCCACAUCCAGGAAGC